AUGCGAACAUACAAGUCUCACCACGAGGAUAUCGACAUCCCAGAUCUAGACAUUCUCACCCUCCUCUUCGAGUCAGAAUGGUGUGCCGCCAAGGAAGAAACAGUCAUCCACGCCGAAGCCGCCAAUCCCUCCAACAGCAUCACCAAAUCACAGGCUCGGGAAACGGUCAAGCGAAUCGCCCACGUCCUGCGCAACAAGUUUGAGAUCGGUAAGGGCAACGGUGCAGGGAAGGAUGUCGUCUUGUCGGUUGUGUCCGGCAGCCCUUUCAUUCCAGUACUGUUCUACUCUAUUGUUGCCGCAGCAGGAGUGUACAGCGGCGCUUCAGGCGCUUUCACGGUGACCGAGUUAGCAAGGCAGAUGCAAGAUGCAAAUGCCAAACUACUCCUUUGCUCGCCCGAGUACGAGGACCUCACCGUCACCGCAGCGAAGAAGAGCAACAUCCCCCUCUCCCGCAUCCUCAUCAUCGACGCCAAAACACCGGGCGACUGGAAACUGCUUCCCGUAACCGGUGACCGCACAAGAAACGUCCUCGACUUACAACACGGCCCACAACUAGAAUGGAAGCGAAUCACCACUCAACACGAACUAGAACAAACCACCACCUGCCUAAUGUACUCCUCCGGCACAACUGGCCUCCCGAAAGGCGUGCUCAUCUCCCACCGCAACCUAGUAGCCUGCAACGUGUGCGGCAUGCACAUAACGAAAUCCUUCCUCGCCCAGCGCGAACGCGAAGGCCGCCCCUUCGAAUUCCGCACAAUAGCGCACCUCCCAAUGGCGCACAUAGGCGGCAUCAGCUGGUCGUCGCUCAACCCCUUCUAUCUAGGCGGCACGGCGUAUUGGGUCGACAAGUACGAUUUCGAGUCAUUCAUUGAGUAUCAUCGGCGCUACAAGCUUACGACGCAGUGGACUGUGCCGCCUAUCUGGUUGGCGAUUGCGAAGAGUGCGGCGGUGACGGACCACUUUGAUACGCUGCAGAUUGCUUGCACGGGGGCGGCGCCCAUGGGGCCGGAGUUGACGAAGGAGGCUACGCGGAAAUUGGGCACGGGGAAGAUUCCGAUUAUUGCGCAGCUUUGGGGUGCAACGGAGACCACCGGCAGUAUUUCCGGAGUCGACUGGGGCUACAACGACGAGACGUGCAGUUCCGGCGCGCCCUUUCCCAAUCUCAGACUACGCUUUGUCGACGACAAUGACCAAGACGUCGAGCCCGGCCAGCCAGGCGAGAUUCUUGUCGCCGGACCAUUCGUAUGCCAAGGAUACCAUAAUCGCCCCGAAGCGAAUGCAUCCUCUUUCCUCGACGACUUCUACCGCACCGGCGAUAUCGGCAUCUGGCGCGACGGAUUGAUCUACGUCGUCGACCGGAAGAAGGAACUGAUCAAGUACAAGGGGCUGCAAGUUGCUCCGGCCGAACUCGAAGCCCUUCUAACCUCUCACCCCAAAAUCGUCGACGCGGCAGUCAUAGGCGUGCAAGACGAAAGUCGAGCAACUGAAGUGCCGCGUGCGUUCAUCGUUGUGAAACCUGGGGUGAGCGUGGAGGCGGCGGAGGUGGUGGAGUUUGUGGCGGCGAACUUGGCGAACCACAAGCGGUUGAGAGGUGGCGUUGAAUUUCUCCAGGAAAUCCCCAAGAGUGCUUCCGGGAAGAUACUGCGGAAGGAGUUGAGGCAGCGGGUGCUGGAGGAGGAGAAGCGGAGGGGAGCGAAGCUUUGA